AUGGAAUCAAAGGAGAGUCCACCCAAACUUUCUUACCGUUAUUUGGAGGCUUCACAUUCUCCUUACCCUUCACAGUGUGAACCAUAUCUCCUUGAGGUAGUUGAGACUGAUAACAAAUGCACUUACAUCAACUACCCAUUGACGACGACGAUUGUGGUCUUAAGGAGCCUGACUGAUUUUGUAUACUUGUUGAACAUACUUCUCCGGUUUAGGUUGGCUUAUUUAGAUCCUGAAUCUACCGAGCUCGGCGCUGGAGAGUUGGUAAAACAUCCCAAGAAGAUUGCAAAGAAUUACAUGCGUGGAUGGUUUUUGAUCGACUUGUUAAAUGCACCGCCUCUUCCCCAAAUCAUCGUAUUACUGGUUCUGCCAGGCGAGUUGGGAUCAUCGGGAGCCAAUUACGCUAAAAACCUUCUGAGGACAGCCGUUGUUGUGCAAUAUGUUCCCAGGUUGUGGAGGUUCUUACCACUUGUGAUUGGUCGGGCGGAGAGUGGCUUCACAUUUCAGACGGCAUGGGCAAACUUGGUUAUCAACUUUCUCACUUUUGUCUUGUCUGGCCAUGUAAUCGGGGCAUGUUGGUACCUCUUUGGAUUACAGAGGGUUAAUCAGUGCUUCCGUGAUGCUUGCCAUAAUUCUAAUAUCACCAAUUGCAUGAAUUUCAUAGAUUGUGGCCACGGUGAAGAAUUCAUGGAAUUAUCUCGCAACCCGGAAUGGAAGAAUUGGAUAAGUGAUGUGAAUGCGACUGCAUGUUUUACGACAAGUGGUGGUGGUGGUGGUUUUUCUUAUGGGAUUUUUGCUCAGGCAGUCAACCUCACCACAGAAGAUAGUUUCAUCACCAGAUACAUAUAUUCAUUGUUCUGGGGUUUUCAGCAAAUCAGCACUCUUGCUGGAAACCAGGAACCAAGCUAUUUUGUUUGGGAAGUCCUUUUCACAAUGCUAAUUGUUGGACUUGGCUUGUUGCUCUUUGCAUUUCUCAUUGGCAACAUGCAGAACUUUCUUCAGGCUCUUGGGCAGAGGACAUUAGAAAUGUUUCUAAGGCGACGUGAUCUGGAACAGUGGAUGAAUCAUCGGCGUUUGCCACCAGAACUAAGGAGGACAGUGAAUGAAGCUGAACGUCAUAAUUGGGCUGCUACCAGAGGAGUGAAUGAAGAAGCGCUGUUGGAGAGUUUGCCUGAAGAUCUCCGAAGAGAAGUUAGAAGGCAUUUAUUCAGGUUUCUCAAGGAUGUGGGCAUAUUUAAUAUGGAGAUCCAUAACAAUGAACUGGACGCCAUCUACGAGAAACUGAAGCAGAGAACAUACAAGAAGGGCAGUGAAAUCUUCUGCACCGGCGGAGUGGUGGAUAAGAUGGUGCUCAUCGUGCGGGGAAAGUUGAAGAGCGUAGGUGAGAAUGGAACUGUAAUCACUUUGUCGCAAGGCCAAGUCUGUGGAGAUGAACUGCUAACAUGGUGUCGUCAGCAUGCUUCUUCAUUGAGCAAAGGGACGGAAAUGGGGCAGAGAUUAAUCAGCCGGAGAACAGUAAAGUGCUUAACCCAAGUGGAGGUGUUCUUGCUUCGAGAAGUGGACUUGAAAGAUGUAGACAGCAUCCUCGCUGGGUGCUUGAGGAAUCCACUGGUCCAAGACGCCAUCAGAUCGAGGCCAUAA